AUGCGUCCGAACCCGAUGGGUGGUCCGAUGAUGGGCGGCCCACCACAGUCCAUGAUGGGGGGCGGUCCAGGUCCCAGCGGUAUGCAAGGUCCACCAAUGGGUGUCAACGGCCCUUUUGGUCAAGGAAUGGCUGGUGGCCCGAUGGGCAAUAUGAUAAUGAGCCCCGGAAUGAGCCACCCCCAAGCGGGAGGCAUGCGGACACCCCAGAUGCUCUCGACUGAAAUGGCAUAUCGACACAACAUGCAAAACAUACACAAGCAGCCCAUGGCCGUGGCUCUGGGGACGCCCCAGUUCAAUCCUGGGAACCGUCCGGGGCCUGGGCCCGGACCUCAGCAACAAAAUAAGCCGAUGAAUAGCAUGGCGCCGCCUCCGUCUCCGGGCAUGAAGGACCAGAACACGGGAGGGACCGAAGGAUGGGAACAACGCGUUGGGGAAUGGGGCCCAAGGCCUGGUGGCCCUGGCGGAUCGCCCGCAGAACCAAGCUAUGGGGAGACAGACGCCGACUGCGACGGGUACUGCUCCGCCAACGCCAGCGCCUGGAGCCGGUUAUGA